GUAUCUACUACAGGGCUAAAUACGCCUAGCUUCUACGUCCCAUAAACGUUUCCAAAAAGUAAUGUAUUUAAAAGUAAAUAAGAGAGAAACAAACCCGAAACAAUUGAUCACAGCCUAGGUCUAUGCCAGACAGUUAAUCCUUUAAUUUAAUUAAGGUGUUUAAGGACGUUGUAGCUGUGUCAAAACACGGCCCUAUUUUCUGUCAGCAAGUUUUAUUUUGUAUUUGAAGUGUGAAAUGCACAGCGCGAGGCCAAGAAGUUGUGGAAGCCAUGUGGAUGGUCCUGAAAAGUGAGAGUGAACAUUCGUACGGAUUAUUCUCUUACGCUGAAUUUCCAUUUGUAUUCAUCAUGGUGUGAUAUGCGAAACAAUGCUUAAAGUAGAUUACAUGCCUCAAUCAUUAAUAGCUGAGGGAGACGUCACUUUAUUUUUGAAUCGUUAUCCCCGGGAAAAGUGCGCUCUACUUCGAAAUAAUAUGCAGAAUUUGGUGACCCAUCUUUCACGAUGUCAAUUUCAAGGCUGGAUGAGGGUUAUCGAUAUGAAGAGCUCAUCAACUAACUGGAUAUCCUGCGGCCAGCCUUUCACUGAGCCUGCCAUAUGGAAGCCAAAGUUCUGCAUAGUUACCGACUGUCAGCUACUCCUAUUGGACAAACAAGAGAUCCACCCGCUGCUGCUACAGGAGCGCCGGGCCGAGUCGUGCACGGUGUGGCUACUGCGUCAUACCCUCACUGUGCCCAGAGACUGCCACACCCUUGGAGACAAAACAGCCCUGGCCACAGACAACAGAACCGUGGGUAUCCGAUCCGAUGCAGGACUCCAGCCCCUAGCUGCUGUACCCCUUAGCUCAUGUGCACUUAGCUGCUGUGCCCCUUAGCUGCUGUGCCCCUUAGCUGCUGUGCCCCUUAGCUGCUGUGCCCCUUAACUGCUGUGCCCCUUAGCUGCUGUGCCCCUUAACUGCUGUGCCCCUUAGCUGCUGUGCCCCUUAACUGCUGUGCCCCUAGCUGCUGUUGCCCCUGCAUCGCAACCUGGUUGUGUAGAGGAGAAGGUGGCCGGCCAUUGGUCAGGAUCUCAGAGAACUGAAGUGAGAGGGAUUCUGAGCUAUGUUUUGUUUAGUGACCAUAUGAUGAAAAGGGAGAGAAGAAGAAAAAACAUGCUGUGUCUUUAAGAGCUGAGUAGCGAAAGCUGGCAGCCAGGCCCUGAGUUGAGCUCAACCCAAUCAUAGUCUUGGAAUGGCUGCCAGAUGUAGCGUAGCAGCAGCCAGAACACAGCAGAGCUGCCCCUGCAAAACUAGGCAGCGCUACUCACUGGGACAGGCGGGAGACGAGGAUACGUUUCUGUGCCUCACUCGAUUCUACAUCCUCACGCACGCACAGGGCUGGCAGAAAGGAGUAUGCCUCAUUUGGUGCUGUGAAGUUAUGGAGUUGGACAAUGCGGACAAACCGGAGAGCUACAAUGAGCUCCCUCCUGAGAGGGUGGGUCGCAGGCGCAGCAUGCCGGGCAGCGCUCUGGACAAAAGACCCUCCAUGGAGCCGGCCACCUCUACCCCAUUCAAAGUCACGGGCUUCCUGAGCCGGCGACUAAAGGGCUCCAUCAAACGCACCAAAAGCCAACCCAAGCUGGACCGCAACAGCAGCUUCAGAAACAUCCUGCCGGGCUUCAAGACCACAGACAAUGACAGAUCCCAUCUGAUGCCGAGGUUGAAGGAAUCGCGGUCUCACGAGUCGUUGCUCAGCCCCAGCAGUGCAGUAGAAGCUUUAGAUCUCAGCAUGGAGGAUGAGGUGUUGAUCAAACCGGUGCACGGCAGCAUCCUGGGCCAGGACUACUGCUUCGAGGUAACUACUUCCACUGGAACCAAAUGCUUUUCGUGUCGGUCAUCUGCCGAGAGGGACAAAUGGAUGGAAAACUUAAGGAGAGCUGUACAUCCUAACAAAGACAACAGUCGGCGUGUGGAGAACCUUCUAAAAUUGUGGAUUAUUGAGGCCAAGGACCUUCCAGCCAAGAAAAGGUAUUUCUGUGAGUUGUGUCUGGACGACACGCUUUACGCACGGACUACCUGCAAAUUCAAAAUGGACAAUGUAUUCUGGGGAGAGCACUUUGAGUUCAACAACUUACCUUCCAUCAAAAGUAUCACUGUCCACCUGUACAAGGAGUCCGACAAAAAGAAAAAGAAGGACAAGAACAACUAUGUGGGCCUGGUCAACAUUCCCGUCGGUGCCGUCACGGGACGCCAGUUUGUGGAGAAGUGGUAUUCUGUGAGCACGCCCAACCCGAACAAAGGGAAAACUCCCGGACCUAUGAUUCGGCUCAAGUCGCGGUACCAGAGCAUGAGUAUCCUGCCCAUGGAGUCAUAUAAGGAGUUUGCCGAGUACAUCACCAAUAACUACAUGCUGCUGUGCUCCAUCCUGGAGCCUGGCCUUAGUGUGAAGAACAAGGAGGAGAUGGCCAGUGCCCUGGUUCACAUCCUACAGAGCACCGGCAAGGCUAAGGACUUCCUGACUGACCUGAUGAUGUCAGAAGUGGAUCGCUGUGGGGAGAACGAGCACCUGAUCUUCAGGGAGAACACACUGGCCACCAAAGCCAUUGAGGAGUACCUUAAACUGGUGGGGCAGAAGUACCUGCAGGACGCACUAGGAGAGUUCAUCAAAGCCCUGUACGAGUCAGACGAGAACUGCGAGGUGGACCCAGGGAAGUGUUCCUCAGGAGACCUCCCUGAGAACCAGAGCAACCUGAAAAUGUGCUGUGAGCUGGCCUUCUGCAAGAUCAUCGACUCCUACCGUGUUUUCCCGCGGGAACUGAAGGAGGUGUUUGCCUCGUGGAGGCAGCAGUGCAGCAGUCGGGGCCGGCCGGACAUCAGCGAGCGUCUGAUCAGUGCCUCUCUGUUCCUGCGCUUCCUGUGUCCAGCCGUUAUGUCCCCGUCACUUUUCAACCUGAUGCAGGAGUAUCCCGACGACCGCACCGCUCGCACCCUCACGCUCAUCGCUAAGGUCACGCAGAACCUCGCCAACUUCACCAAGUUUGGUAACAAGGAGGAGUACAUGUCCUUUAUGAACCACUUCCUGGAGCACGAAUGGACCAACAUGCAGCGCUUCCUGCUGGAGAUCUCCAACCCAGAGACCAUCUCCAACACGGCAGGGUUCGAGGGUUACAUCGACCUGGGCCGCGAGCUCUCAUCCCUGCAUUCCCUGCUGGCCGAGGACGUCUCUCAGCUGGAUCAGAGCACAGCCUCUAAGCUGGGUCCCCUGGCCCGUAUACUGCGGGACGUGAACUCUGCGCUGACCAACCCAUCUGGGGUCCAGGUGUCCACCCCCACAGAUGGCAUGGGCUCUCCUCCCCUCCCCCUCCCAUUGGCAAGCUGCAGCCUCUCCACCGGCCUACCUCUUCACAAGAUAGUCGUGGACAGCGAGCUCUCUGGGUUGGUGGAUUUUACAAGGCUGCCGUCGCCAACCCCAGAGAACAAGGAUAUAUUCUUUGUGACGAGGAACUCUGGCAUCCAACAGUCUCCAGCCAGAAGCUCCAGCUACUCGGAGGCCAACGAGGCUGAGGUGCAGCUCCCCAACAGCAGCAAGAGUCUGUCCAUGGUGGACCUGCAGGACAGCCGCAGCCUGGAGAGUACCCCUGGCCCCAGCCCUGGCUCCCCCAGCGACAUGCUCUUCAAUGACAGCCAGUCCCCCGUCACACCUGGGCCUGGGGGUUGGGCCGCCCGCACCCCGCAGGGCAUCAUCCCCACCCCCGGCCCCGGACCCACUCUAAGGAGGACAGGUCAGACCCCUACCACCCCCAGCACAGAGAGCAGCACCCCAGGGAGGCCCACCCAGCUCCUGGCCCCGCUCUCCUUCCAGAACCCUGUUUACCAGAUGGCCACGGGGAUGACCAUGAGCGUGUCCCCGCGGGGUCCCCUGGCUGACUCGGGCUCUGAUGGCCACAGCUCCGUCAGCUCUCAGGGCAACAACACAGAGGACACCCCCAAGCAUCCGGGGGUCUUCCUCACCCAGGGGGUGGCGGUCAGUAGUGGAGGAGGCAGCAGCAGUGAGUUUACCACCCGCCGCCAGCUGUCACUCGGGGAGCACCAGCCCAACGUGCCGCGGCAGAACAGCGCCGGCCCUCAGCGCAGGAUAGACCAGCCCCCUCCGCCCGUCACCAGGGGCAGGACACCACCCAACAUGCUCCAGACAGCCUACCCCGGUCCGCGGCCCUCCAGUGGCAGCAUGAUGUCAUCAUCCCCCGACUGGGGGCCCAGUGGCGGCAACCGUCUGAGACAGCAGUCGUCUUCGUCUAAAGGGGACAGUCCUGAAACAAAGCAGCGCACCAUGCACAAAGCGUCCUCCCCUGUGAACCCCAAUGCCCUGGACCGUACUGCUGCCUGGCUGUUGAAUAUGAAUGUGCAGUAUUUAGACCAUGAGGGAGUUGACCCAGAUACCAAGCACAGGGAAGACCUCAGAAACAAAGAGGAGCUCACCCAGACUGAAAAGUACCAGCAGGAAAUAGCCAUCCUGCAGGACAGGCUGUGUCAGUCAGCCAAGAAGCUGGAGGAGUAUGAGUGUCAUCUGAAGGGCCAGGACGAGCAGACUCAGACGAUGCUGCUGGAGUACCAGGCGCGCCUGGAGGACACAGAGGAGCGUCUGAGCCGGCAGCAGGACGACAAGGAGCUCCAGAUGAAGAGCAUCAUCACGAGGCUGAUGUCAGUUGAGGAGGAAUUGAAAAAAGAUCAUUCAGAUAUGCAGUCGAUAGUGGACUCUAAACAGAAGAUCAUUGAAGCCCAGGAGAAACGCAUUUCCUCUCUAGACGCGGCCAACGCCCGCCUGAUGAGCGCUCUGACCCAGCUGAAGGAGCGCUACAGCAUGCAGACCCGUAACGGCAUCUCCCCCACCAAGCUCCAGAUCACGGAGAACGGAGAGUUUAGGAACAGCAGCAACUGCUAGGGAGGGGAGAGGGGACUAAGCCCAACUCAAUGACACUUGGGCUGGGGGAGGGAGGAGGAACUACCAACACCCAGCCACUCUCCAGAGAAAUAGAUUUAUACUGUCCAAAUCCAUUAUUUUCAAUGGAUGUGGUCAGGAUCACAGAAAGAAGGGCUAGACUGACUGAAACUGUUGCUUAAAAAUAUAAAGGACUCAAUCAAAUGUAUUUAUAAAGCCCUCCUUACAUCAGCUGAUGUAACAAAGUGCUGUACAGAACCCCAGCCUAAAACCCCAAACAGCAAGCAAUGCAGGUUUAGAAGCACGGUGGCUAGGAAGAAACCUAGAGAGGAACUAGGCUAGGAGGGGUGGCCAGUCCUCUUCAGGCUGUGCCGGGUGGAGAUUAUAACAGAACAUGGCCAAGAUGUUCAAACGUUCAUAGAUGACCAGCAGGGUCAAAAAAAAUAAUCACAGUGGUUGUAGAGGGUGCAACAGGUUAGCACCUCAGGAGUAAAUGUUGGCUUUUCAUAGCCGAUCAUUCAGAGUAUCUCUACCACACCUGCUGUCUCUAGAGAGUUGAGAACAGCAGGUCUGGGACAAGGUAGCACGUCCGGUGAACAGGUCAGGGUUCCAUAGCCGCGGCAGAACAGUUAAAACUGGAGCAGCAGCACGACCAGGUGGACUGGGGUCAGCAAGGAGUCAUCAUGCCAGGUAGUCCUGAGGCAUGGUCCUAGGGCUCAGGUCCUCUGAGAGAGAGAGAAUUAGAGGGAGCAUAUGAGCAUACUUAACUUCACACAGAACACCAGAUAAGACAGGAGAAAUACUCCAGAUAUAACAGACUGACCCUAGCCCUCCGACACAAACUAUUGCAGCAUAAAUACUGGAGGCUGAGACAGGAGGGGUUGGGAGACACUUUGGCCCUGUCCGACGAUACCCCCGGACACGGCCAAACAGGCAGGAUAUAACCCCACCCACUUUGCCAAAGCACAGGCCCCACACAAGUAGGAGGAUAUCUUCAACCACCAAUUUACUAUCCUGAGACAACGCAGAGUAUAGCCCACAAAGAUCGGCACGAACCCGGGGGUGGGGGGGGCAACCCGGACAGGAAGACACCGUCAGUGACUCAACCCACUCAAGUGACGCACCAGUAACGGCAUGGGACGGCAUGGAAGAGCACCAGUAAGUCAGUGACUCAGCACCCGUAAUAGGGUUUGAGGCGAGGCAGAGAAUCCCAGUGGGAGAGUGGAGAGGGGAACCGGCCAGGCAGAGACCGCAAGGGCGGUUUGUUGCUCCCAUGCCUUUCCGUUCACUUUCACACUCCUGGGCCAGACUACACUCAAUCAUAGGACCUACUGAAGAGAUGAGUCUUUAUUAAAGACUUAAAGGUUGAGACCGAGUCUGCAUCUCUCACAUGGAUAGGCAGAACAUUCCAGAUUGACUUUAGAGAAAGCUAUAACGUCUACACCUGGCUGCAAGACAUCCUAAACUCGCUAUCCUAGUACAUAAGACAACAGUUUAUCGAUUUAUGGUUGUGCUGUUAUCUUAGAGCCUGUUUUGAAGUGAUUUGAACAAUUAUAAGCUUUAAUGUUUCUGGUUUCUCAUCUACGCUUAUAAUUUCCAGUCACUGUGUUUAUAUAGCACCUGGUGCUUAAAGAGGACGCUCGUUUAUGGACCCUGUGUUUUCAGAGUUUAGUAAACAGAGUAAGUACUUCAUACUCACAGCUAAGCUGUUUCUUCCAGCAAUAGUAUAGUACAACACAAGUGUAUAGUACAUUGUAGCAUCAAUAUUUGAUUUUACUCAAUGGCUGUUUUUUUAUCCCAGUGUUUUUUUUUUUUUUUACUUCUAAAGCAUACAGUAUAUGUGGCCAAGUGAACAACUCUAUCAGUGAAAGCCUCCUCUCAUGUUGACAAGCUUUUGAAAACCGUUCUGGUUCGACUUUUCCCGAAAGCACGUCCCAAUAGAAAGUGUUUCUAUAUUCUUCCUGUAUAUUUUAAGUAUACUCUGCUGUUCUUACCUCAUCAGGAUUACAGUAACACAACAAACGUGCUGUGUUUUAAAUUGCUAAUGGUAAAGAAAGAGCUCAGCUAUAUCACUUAUUGCAUACUUUGUAUAUGCUUAAAUAUUAGUAUAUUUAGAGGUUUACAUACCUCGUAGAUGUAUAUAAAAUGUUCACAGUAUUUAUAUUGAUUGUCUGGAAGGGGAAUAGUAUUUUGUACUGUAUGUGUUCAUUGUGUUAAACUCGGCUGUGCUAAUAUUGCAAGACAAUAGUAAGAGUUUGAUUGUAAUUGUAUGUCUACUUCAGUAGACAGUUCACACAUCGUUUCCCCCAUUAUCCCCUUUUCAUAUGUGGGUUCUUUGUUAAAAAUGAACAAUUUAUUGAUGCUAUUAUAUAAUAUUGAUAAACAUAGUUUACUGUUUUGUCCUCUGCGUAUCUAAAUUGUUAUGUGUAGGCCAAACCUUCACUGUUUGCAAUUUGACAGUGCUGAAUAGAAUAGGACUGAACUCAAAUACCUGGCCACUCCUCUGGCCACUCCUCUGCCCACUCCACUGGCCACUCCCCUGGCCACUCCCCUGGCCACUCCUCUGCCCACUCCUCUGGCCACUCCUCUGGCCACUCCUCUGGCCACUCCCCUGGCCACUCCUCUACCCUUGCGCUUCUGGAAGAGUCAUUUCACUAACGGCCCUACACAAACACUCCUUCAUUUAGAAUACCUUCUAUCCAAAGUGAGUGAUGAACGUCUCUUCCGGGCAGUACAUCCACAUGGGGUUUUAGGCUGUAACUGAGGUAUAAACCAGAUUCAUUGUCAGUUCAAGUUCCCUCUAGUGUUGAUUGAAGCUAUGAACAUGUAGUGGACUUCAGGCCUUUUUUGUAGUCUUAUUUAAGAUGCAGGUAGCUAACUUUAGCAACCUUCAAAGGUGGUCUCAACAAGUGGCUUUGCAUGCCUUCUCAAUUCUGACUUCCGCUAAUUCUCAUCUGAAAACACCAGUGGUCUGCUUUCAGGAAAUUAGUCACCUGAAUUACUGUGUUGACCUGUGUUUUGGUCUGUGGAAAUGUUAAGCUUAAACAUAAUUUGAUUUUUUUUUAUCAACUAGACUAUUGUUAAAGUACGUUAUGUUUUAUAAAAAAAAUGUAAAGUUAUGUGUAAAAUGGUAUUUAUGUUAUGCUAUAAAUUAUGUUUGUUUCAAUCAGUUCAACAUUAUUUAUUGAAUAUCUUUGUUUUUUGUUUUAAUAAAAUGCUGAAUAGUAUUUGUCAGAGUAUGAUGGAUUGUGUUGAAGCUGCAGUUAUAGAACAUCUACAUUCUGAUAGCAAUGUGCUGCAGGUAUAGAACAUCUACAUUCUGAUAGCAAUGUGCUGCAGGUAUAGAACAUCUACAUUCUGGUAGCAAUGUGCUGCAGGUAUAGAACAUCUACAUUCUGAUAGCAAUGUGCUGCAGGUAUAGAACAUCUACAUUCUGAUAGCAAUGUGCUGCAGGUAUAGAACAUCUGCAUUCUGAUAGCAAUGUGCUGCAGGUAUAGAACAUCUGCAUUCUGAUAGCAAUGUGCUGCAGGUAUAGAACAUCUGCAUUCUGAAAGCAAUGUGCUGCAGGUAUAGAACAUCUACAUUCUGGUAGCAAUGUGCUGCAGGUAUAGAACAUCUACAUUCUGAUAGCAAUGUGCUGCAGGUAUAGAACAUCUACAUUCUGAUAGCAAUGUGCUGCAGGUAUAGAACAUCUGCAUUCUGAUAGCAAUGUGCUGCAGGUAUAGAACAUCUGCAUUCUGAUAGCAAUGUGCUGCAGGUAUAGAACAUCUGCAUUCUGAAAGCAAUGUGCUGCAGGUAUAGAACAUCUGCAUUCUGAUAGCAAUGUGCUGCAGGUAUAGAACAUCUGCAUUCUGAAAGCAAUGUGCUGCAGGUAUAGAACAUCUGCAUUCUGAUAGCAAUGUGCUGCAGGUAUAGAACAUCUACAUUCUGAUAGCAAUGUGCUGCAGGUAUAGAACAUCUGCAUUCUGAUAGCAAUGUGCUGCAGGUAUAGAACAUCUGCAUUCUGAUAGCAAUGUGCUGCAGGUAUAGAACAUCUGCAUUCUGAAAGCAAUGUGCUGCAGGUAUAGAACAUCUGCAUUCUGAUAGCAAUGUGCUGCAGGUAUAGAACAUCUGCAUUCUGAUAGCAAUGUGCUGCAGGUAUAGAACAUCUGCAUUCUGAUAGCAAUGUGCUGCAGGUAUAGAACAUUGCAUUCUGAUAGCAAUGUGCUGCAGGUAUAGAACAUCUGCGUUCUGAAAGCAAUGUGCUGCAGGAAUCGAACAUCUGCAUUCUGAUAGCAAUGUGCUGCAGGUAUAGAACAUCUGCAUUCUGAUAGCAAUGUGCAUCUAUUUCCCUCAAGUGUUCUUGUUGCACCCAACCUGCACACAGAAAAUCUCUUUGGAGGAUUUAAAUUGAUUUUCUCUUUCAAUGCGAAAGGUGCGUCCUCCUGCUUUGGUAUUAUUUUAUUGAAAGAAAAUAAUAUAUACUGCACUGCAAUAGAAACCACAGAUCAGUUCACAGUAUAGUGAAUCUUCGUUGUCUCCCAGUUCUUUUAGGGACGUUUUGCCAACGAUUUGUAAGAGAGUGACCAAAACUCUUCUCUUUCCUUUUUCCUUGCCCUAUAUAAUACUGAACAAUAUUUUUGCCAUGUUGUUACUGCAAACUCCAUAACUGCAAACAUUUCUAUGAAUGUUAAAAUAAUAAUUUGAUGUGUGUAAAUGGUAACAAGAAUAGGCCUAUCAUCGUAAAAGUAAAAACAUGUAUGUAAUUUAUGUAGAAAUGCAACUACAAUUAAAGAUUUAUUUCGCUAAUUUAAUCAUG